UUAAAUGCAGCUGCAGUUCUUUUGUGUGAUACCUGUCAGAAUCAUUCUCAGUACGAGGUUGGGUUUGUGACCAUGAUGUCAAGAUUGGUCUUUCUGCUUUUCUGUGGAUUUAUUGCACUAAACCUGGGAAAUGCUCAGAAAUUGCCAAGAGUGAAAAGGCAGAAUCUGAAAGUUCAGAUCAAUGCAACAGAUGACACCGUUUGCAUGAGGUAUCUUCGACCAAGUCAAAACACCAAACUGGAAGGUUUUGUCCUGGGUUAUGGAAGCAACUUCCUUUCUAAUCAGUACAUUCCUUUACCUUCGGAAGGAAAAACCUACAUAACAGAACUUGAUGCAGAGCCGCGGUAUUUGGUUUCAGUAAGACCAGCACGCAUUUCAAAUAACAAGAAAUCUUGUUCAGGUCGGACCAAGACUCAAAAGCCUCUGCAGCUGGUAGUUGGCACUCUCACCCCAACCUCUGUGUUCCUCUCCUGGGGCAUCCUAGUCAACCCUCAACAUGACUGGACAGCAACAAGUAACUGUGCUAGCGACAGGUUCUAUACAGUUCGCUACAGAGAAAAGGAUAAAGAGAAGAAAUGGGUUUUUCAGCUUUGCCCAGUUACAGAGACGGUGGUGGACAAUCUGAAGCCAAACACACUUUAUGAAUUUGGAGUUAAAGACAACAUAGAGGAUAGUAUUUGGAGCAAGACUUUCAAUCAUAAGAUAGUUCUGUCUAAUAAAAAAGUAAACGGACAACUCCAGAAUAUGUACAAGUUGGUACCUAAUUCCCAAACACAGCUUGCACUGCGUGAUAAUAAGAAGUUGGUCCCUGUCACAAUAAUCAAACAAGUUAUUCAAAAUCGGACGCAGUCAAAAACUUCAGAUAGUUCUUCUCUGCCAGGAGCAAUACUAGUGCACCUUAUUGUUCCAGGACUCAAUGAAACUCAGCAGAAACUUCCUCCUCUCCUGACAAUUGAUGACAUACCUCAAGCAUCCAGGAAAAAACUGGCUAAGAAUGAAACUCGAGUAUGGCCUGCUGAAUCCAAAACACCAGAAGUUCAAGAAAUCACCCCACAGUCCCUGCCAGCUCAGGCUGAGAAAAAACAUGGACCUGAGGAAUUUAAAUCAACGCCUAAACCCGAAUUGGUGCAAACUCAAAACAUACUGGCUUCUAAUGAAAUACAGCCACUUCCUUCUGGAUCCAGAAUCUCUGAUGCUCCAAAAAGUCCAUUGACAGAACUUGCUACUCGGAGUCCAGCCUUGAAAUCCGUAUCUCUACCUUCUGCAGAAACCGGAGAGAUAGAGAUGGCUUUUGAGGAAACACAGCCUGUUUCUUCAGGAUCCAAAACAUCUGGUACCACAGAAGUGCAACCAACCAGAUCUGCUUCACAUGACUUUCUUCAUGUUACUUCUACUCCUCAAACCCUUACAGCUUCAGAAAUACCAGACACUGCUAGAGAUACUACUGAGUUGGAAAUAUCCAUGCCCAUAACAGCUUCAGAACCUCAGUUGUUAGAAACAGCACUGGGUGAAAGGAAGCCUCUUUCUUCAAGAUCCACAACACCUGGCAUGCCAGAAAUGCCACCAAUCUCAGCUGCAAGCCAGAGACCGGACCUGGAAUCCACCUCGUCUGCUUCACCGAAAGCCACAAGGACUGUGAUGGCUACUCGAAGACCAAGGCUGAAGUCCACCACUCCUUCCUCCCUGGCCACCCAGAAAACCGUGAUGGCCUCACAUGAAUUUCUUCAUAUUACUUCCACUCCUCAAACAUCUACCUCACCAAAAAUUUCAGGGCGAGAGACUGUAACUAUUCAAGCACCUUUCAAACCUGUUACAUCUGACAGCACUGAAGUGGAACUGGCUUCUGAUGAAACACAGCCUAUUUCUUCAAGAUCCACAACCUCUGCUAUUCCAGAAAUGCCAUCAGCAAAAUCUGCUACCCAGGAACCAGACUUGAAAUUCACAUCUCAUCCCUCCAUGGAAACCAGAGGUAGUGUGAUGGCUUUUGAUGAAAAGCAGCACAUUUCUUCAACAUCUGAAACAUCUGGCACCCAAGAAAUGCCACCAGCUGUACCUGCUCUCCCAAGACCAGUCCUGGAGCCCACAUUUUUUCCUUCUCUGGAAACCACAAGGACAGUGAUGGUUACUCAGAGACCAAAGCUGAAAUCUACUUCUCCUUACCUUGCAAGCCAAGGAACAGUGGAGGCAAGCCAGAGACCGGACCUGGAAUCCACCUCGUCUGCUUCACCGAAAGCCACAAGGACUGUGAUGGCUACUCGAAGACCAAGGCUGAAGUCCACCACUCCUUCCUCCCUGGCCACCCAGAAAACCGUGAUGGCUCCACUGGACUCUCAUCAUAUUACUUUCCCAUCCCAAAUAUCUGCAUCUGCAGACAUAUCAAAAAUAGAGACUGUUACAAGUUCAACUGACCUGGAAAAAUCUGUGCCUCCACUUCCCAGAACACCUCAUGUGCUAACAACAACUAUGGCUUUCAGUGGUAUUCAGCCUAUUCUUUCAAGCCCUGUGACACCUAGUAAGCCUGAAAUAGCAGAUGCUGGAUCACCAACAAGUGAAUCCAUUCUGGAAUCUUUCACACCUAAAACUUCUCGUCCUUUUCAAUGGCCAAGGGUAACAUUAGCUCCAAAAGAAAUACCACUUAUUCCUUCUAAACUGAAACCAUCUGCUACCCCAGAAGUACAGCAUCUGAAACCUGCCCAUAAACCACCACUUUUGGAGCCUAAAACUUCACAGACUGUUGAACAACCAAAAACAACACUAGCUCCUAAAGAAGCAAAAUUUACACCUUCUGCAUCUAAACCUAGACCACCUGCCAGAACAAAAAAGCCACGAACUAAACCUGCAGCAACCAUUCCAGUAUCAGUCACUACUCGGAGUCCCUACACAUAUGAACUUCCAAAGACUGCAGAGGUCUUGGAACCUAUUACACGUAGAACUGAACCACCAAAGUCAACGAUAGCUCCAAAGGAGACUCGACGUAUUCCUUCUAAACCUAAAACUUCACCCAAACCUCAUAUCCCACAAGCCAAAGAUGUCCUGGAAUCUGUAACACAUAGAACUAACUGGUUAACUAAACCCAAAAUUCCAAAAGAAACACAGCGUGUUCCCUCCAAGCCUAGAACAUCACCGAGCUCAGAGGUGCCACAAACCAAACCUGGUCCUAAAGAUACACGUCAUGGGCCUUCCAAACCUAAAACAUCACCCAGUCCACGUGUUCCUCCAACUAGAACAAGUCCAAAAGAAAGUCGGCGAGUCUCUUCCAAGCCCAGAGCAUCACCAAGUCCAGAUGUACCACACACAAAACCUGUUUUGGCACCUGCUACAUUUACAGUUGAACAACCAAAGACAGCAACAGCUCCUAAAGAACCACAACAAACUCCCUUUAAACCCAAAGCAGCUCCCGGCCCAGAUGCUCCACACAGCAAGCCUGAAAUCUUUGCAACCUUCCAUGAACCAGAUACUACUGUGAUUCCUCAUAUUCCUGAAAGAACAAAGGCAACAUUGGCUCCAACUGAAAAACAGUUUAUUCAUACCAAAACAAAAACAUCUGAAAAACCAAGAGUGCCACACACCAAACCUGCAAUACAUCAGACAACUCCACAACCAAUUAUUACAAAAUCUUCUACUACCACUGAGCAUUCAAGGGCAACAAUGGCUCCAAAAGAAACAAUGAUCAUUCCUUCCAAACCCAAAACAUCUGUCGGGCCAGAAGUGCCACAGACUAAACCUGUUCCAAGGGCAACACACCUGGGAUCAAUUAAUCUUAUAACAGUUCAUGUUGUUGAUGGGUCCAAAAUGACUUUGGUUCCCAAUGAAACGUACCAGAUUUCACCCAAGCCCAGAACUGCUCUAGCAACUGAAAUUCCACGGUUCAAUACAGCACCUUAUAAAACACGUCUCACUUCUGCAAGACCAAAGCCAUCUGAUAAAUCACAGACCAGACCUGCUCUUAGUAAAACCACACUAGCACCAGCUAGGACAAAAGCACCUGGACUGCCAAAGUGGAUUGUGCCAACAACAGGUGAUGUAUAUAUACCUGAGGAUAUUGCCAGACAAAUUGGCGUGGAUGUGGAAAAACCUUUGGAAUAUAGUAAUACCUGGGAAAAAACAAUUUCUGUAACUAUAUCACCUGGCCCUCAGCAUCCUCCUGUACCUCCUGCCAAGCCUACACAAAUGCGAAGAAAACCUCUGCCUCCUAACACCGUGACUGGUAAACCAGGGAGUCCAGCUAAAUCUGCUGGACCAACACCACCAGUGAGGACAGGAACGUCAUAUAAGACACCAACAGCUUUUGCAACUCCAGAGUAUUAUGUUGAUGCAACUGUCUUCAGCUCAAUUCCUACAUCAGAAACAGAUUCUUCAGGCAAACCAAGGUACCAAGCCCCACAUGUCAAGUACAUGAAGAAAGAUGAUGAUGUGCCUUGCUCUAUCACAAGCUCUCUUGAACAUUUUCCUCAAGAAGAAGCGGGAAGCAAGGAAGAACCUACUCGUCCUCCACAAAAUCCUCCAACCAAUCUCACAGUGGUGACUGUUGAGGGCUGUCCAACUUUUGUCAUAUUGGACUGGGAAAAACCAGACAAUGACACUGUUACAGAGUAUGAGGUUGUGUCCACUGAAAAUGGAGUAAGUGAUGGUGAAAAGGAGAAAUCGAUUAUCACUACAAAUCAAACCCAUUCUACUGUGGAAAACCUAAAACCUGACACAAGUUAUGAAUUCCACGUGAAACCUAGAAACCCUCUUGGUGAAGGUCCAAGUAGCAACGUUGUGGCAUUCAAUACUGAAUCAGCGGACCCAAGAGUGAGUGAGCCAAUUUCAAUCGGAAAGGAUGCUAUCUGGACUGAAAUCCCAUUCAAUUCGGACACCUAUUCUGAAUGCAAAGGGAAACAAUACGUAAAGAGGACUUGGUAUAAGAAGUUCGUUGGUGUGCAGCUGUGUAAUUCUUUGAGAUACAAGAUAUACCUCAGUGAUUCACUUACAGGAAAAUUUUAUAACAUAGGAGACCAGAGGGGCCAUGGAGAAGAUCACUGCCAAUUUGUGGACUCGUUCUUGGAUGGAAGGACAGGACAGCAAGAAGAUCUACCAGUCAAAGAUGGCUUUUUCAGGGCAGUCCGUCAGGAGCCUGUCAAAUUCGGGAAGAUAGGCGGGGAGACUCACAUCAACUACGUUCGCUGGUACGAGUGCGGCACUUCAAUACCCGGGAAGUGGUAGAUGCGACAUGAACUUGGCGAAAAGGCCCAGCACUCGCUGCCCCCCCCCCCCCCCCCCCCCGCCUGCCCAACGCCGGCUCGAAGACGGAAAUGUUUAUGGUGUGCCUGGCACUUAAAUUUAAGUUUGCUGAUGUGCAAGGGUUUAUGCAAGUCUAAUGCCAAUUACCGCAUUAAUUGUGUAAUAGCGUAGGCUGCUUACUGUAGUUAUCCAGUUUUACGAAUCUGUGCUUAGACUUAAAAAAAUCCCCAACAGGCUAGGGAAAUGUUGUAGGAUAAUGUAUAGGGAAGCUGGCUCCCUAUUCCUGAGGUAUGGUUUAUAUGGUAUUUUAAAAGAUCCGGUGUGUAUAUUAUUUAUCACAAUGUUGUAAUAAAUGUUUAAGGCACAGUUAUGGCAGAGUUGGUCACGGAACGCAAUGUGCAUUGGUUCUUAAAUAUUCACUGGUCUUCUUACAACGUAAGUAAGUGCCAUAAGCUACCUGUCCAGAUCGAUCUGUAACGUCUCCCCAGCCAUAAAUUACAGAAAAGACCCUACAACUGUUAAUAUCCUGCAACCAGCAAACUUGAAGCGCUCUCUCCUUACACGUUACAAACAGUUUAUGCUCCUGUCAAAACGCUGAGGUAGGUUGCUAUACGUGCAGCUUAAGACGAUCGGGUUGGUGGGGUUUUUUUCCGCGUUUGUUUUCAAAUGCUACAGCUCCAGCAGAAGAGCACGUUCAGCCUGUUGCGCCGCAGUUAGAGCCGCUGCCCAGGAGCUUGGCAGGUUUGGUUUCCUCCAAUUAAAGCAGACGGGCACCUCUGUGCACGGAAUGAAAAAACGCAACCAGCCUCCCCAGCCCUGGCUUUUCAUGAAAAUGUAGUUUUCAGAGACUGAGACUUUCUGGUUCAAAAGCCAGAUGCACAUAGGGUGCAGGGGGACUUGGAGAGGUGAAUGAAACGGGGAAAAAAUAAGCUACUUCUAACAGCAUUAUCGGAUUUAUUUUAUUUAAAUAAAAAAAAGGGGGGGGGGGGAAAGUGGUUUAAAACAUGGGGGACAAAGGGGAAAUAGUGAUAACUGAACUUUAAAACUGCUUUACAGUAAUUUUGAUUAAAACCUCGCCCAAAGCUACUUGUUGUACUGCUUGAACAUUUAUGAACUAAAUAAAGAGAUGUAGUUUUUUUUUAAAGGUGUUAUUCAUUACAUUACUAAUGUAUUGGAAAAAUAUGAACAGGAACACCCAGAUAUAUAUAUAGUAGAAAUAGUCAUGUAUAGAAAAUGCCUUAUAAAGUACAUUGCAGGUACACUGUACUCCUAAUAAAGUAUUUUUUAAUCAA